AUGCUUUACUGGCUGGUUGUAGCGCUUGUGGAGGCCCAUGGCUCGCACGGCCAUUUGAGAGCGGGCGGAGAGCAUGAUCACAGUGGUCAUUUGAAAGAGCUGGGCGAUCGAAGCGAUUUGGCCACUGGGAUCACCGAGUUCCCGUUGCUGCGCGAGCUGUUCAGGUUCUCUCCUGUGCCCAACUCGUUACUGGCCAUUGGACUGGUGACGCUGGUUUCGACAACCAGUUUAUGGAUCAUGCCACCGCUCAAGGGUCUGACUCUGAGCUUUCUGGUUGCGUUUGCUGCCGGAUGCUUGCUGGGGAAUGUCAUGUUCCAUUUGCUGCCUGCGGUUUUUGCCGGCCCGCCCUGGAUGCGGAUCGCGCCAAUUAUAGCAUUUAUUUUAUUUGCAUACAUGGGCAAGUAUAUUGCUCAGUCGCAGGGCACGUCGGGCCACUCGCACAGCCAUGAUGUGUAUGCACACCGGCACACGACGGUGCUAAGCGAGGCGCGGGCAGAAAGCACGGCGGUUGCAAGCGAGGACGGGGUUCAGCGGCGCAAGAAGCAAGAGCAAGAGCAAGGGCAAGAGCUCGAUGUCGUUGACACCGACACUGAAAUUGUCGUGCACAGCGAGGAUCAUCGCAGCGGAGCGUUUGCACUGGUCAACGUUGCCGCGGAUUUCUUGCACAACAUGGUCGACGGCGCAGCACUGGCUCUCGCAUUUGAUGUGUCCAAGGAGAAGGGUAUCCUGUCGUUUGUGCUGAUGUGCUCACACGAGGUUCCGCACCAGUUCGGCGACUUUGCCAUCCUGAUUCAAACGGGCAUGUCCAAAGCGUCCGCACUGACCGCCCACCUUGCCACCUCGUCCGGCCUGGCGUUCGGCGCGUUGUUGUACGGGUCUGUGAAGCGAUUCCGCGGAUACGGGCUCGGGCUACCCAUCCCUCUGGACGUCGAGCUCGAGGACGUGACCGAGCCGCUGCUGGCCGGAGUGUUCCUCUACAUCGCCACCAUGGGAGUGUUCCCCGAACUGCUGGAGAUCGAGUCCAAUGGCCGGCCGGCGAUCACGACCCUUGCGCAGUUCGGCGGCCUCGCAGCCGGCCUCUAUUUAAUGUUAAGCGUAUAG